AUGUCACUUAAACCACGAUAUGUAAAUUUCCAGGAGACCUGGGCUAAACUUAAGGAAACGAUAGCAGAUGUGGUGGCUCUUCAAGCGAUAGAGCGCUCUGUGUGGAAUUCUCGUUUCUCCGACGUCUAUGCGCUGUGUGUUGCCCAUCCGGAGCCAUUAGCCAAUGAGUUAUAUGAUGAAACUAAAAAAUUCUUGGAGGAACAUGUGUCCGGAUUGUUAGAGAGGGUCAAGGGCUCGUCUGAAUUGGAAAGUACCGACUACAAUGAUGGACUUCUUCAUAGAUAUGUGACAGCGUGGCGCGAAUACAGCCAGGGUCUGACCUAUCUCAACAGCCUCUAUUCAUAUCUAAACUUGCAACACGUGAAAAGGCUAAAGUUGUCAGAUGCAGAUAUGAUCUAUGGAUCGGCCGCCGUAACUUCCUGCGUCGAUCAAGGACCGAGGCAUCUGGAGAUUGGUGAACUCGGCCUUAUGAUUUGGGAAACUGUGCUGAUUGUGCCGUUAGCUGAAGCGAUGACGUUACGAAUCGUCAGUGCUCUCAACUCGGCCCGGGACUCAAACCCGGAUCCAACGACCGCUGAUAUACUGCGCACAGCUAUACAGAGUACUGUAGAAGUUCAGUCGUACAACGUCCGCAAACCGAUGUCGCUGUACCAGCAGCUGGUGGUGGAACCGUUUUUGGCCGCGGCGUCUGCCCACCACUCGCGGCGUGCUGCGGAACUGCUCAAUGCAAGAGAUGUCUCCUAUUUUAUGAAGUAUGUCCUAGAUGGUCUAGAGAGAGAGAUAUCACUAGGCAACAAGUUCCUCCACUCUUCCUCGUCGGAGGCAGUCUGGACAUGCUACGAGCAGGCCUGCGUCGCUGCUCACCUUCCAGCUCUGCACGCGGAAGUCGAGAGACUCCUCAAAGAGGCUUGCGAAGAUUCACCCAAUGCGUCAGAGCGCCGUGAAGAUCUGAAGCGUAUGUACGCUCUACUGAAGCCGCUGGGUCAGAACGCGUUGAGACCACUCAUCGAAGCUGCGCACGCGCAGGCUGCCAAAGAGGGUCUUGCGCUGCUCGCUGCCGAGCACAGCAAAGAUGACGCGCACACGCAUUUCGUUCAUUCGAUGCUGUCUCUACACAACAAGUACAAGAAACUAUUUGCAGAAGUGUUUGGAGGUGCACAGGCUUUUAUCGGGGCUUUAGACAAGGCGUGCAGUGAAGUGGUGAAUUCUCGCGCCGAGGGCGAAUCUACUGCGCGUGCGCCGGAACUACUUUCUAGAUACUGCGACACGUUACUAAGAAGGAAAGGUUCAGAGAGAGACGCAGAUGACAAGCUGUCGGCGGCGAUAGUAGUGUUCAAGUACAUAGACGACAAAGACGUGUUCCAGAAGCAUUAUGCGCGUGCGCUGGCCCGUCGUCUCAUACACCAACUAUCGGCGUCUAUGGAACAAGAGGAAGCGAUGAUAAAUCGCUUGAAAGCGGCAUGUGGUUACGAGUUCACGAACAAGCUGCACCGGAUGUUCACCGACGUGGCCGUCUCCUCCGACCUCAACGCGAAGUUCCAGCAGUACUUGAGGGAAAACAAUCUCGCCACGAACACCGGCUUCUUUAUACAGGUUCUACAAGCCGGUGCCUGGCCUCUAGGAGGGGCGAUGGCCCCAUUAGCACCGCCCGCGCAACUGGAGAAACCAGCUCGUCUCUUCGAGAGCUUCUACCGAGCCUCGUUCUCUGGUAGACGGCUGGCGUGGCUCCACCACCUAUGUACGGGCGAACUGAGAACACGAUACACGCAGAGGCUAUACCACAUCAACGCGACCACACCUCAGUGUGCCCUACUCCUAAUGUUCGAGAACACGGACGCUGUCCGUGCAAGAGAAGCCCGAGAGACCCUGGAACUGCCAGAGGAGGCGUGGUCUCGACACGUCCGCCCACUCGUGGAGGCGGGGCUUCUUAUAGCUAAAGGGGACUUAGAAGGAAACGACGAGGAAACGGAGCUACUCCUUAACCUUAACUUCACUUGUAAACGAACUAAGAUACGACUCACCUGUGCAGCUGCACCAGCGAAUCAAGGUGGAAACGGCCCGGGGGGAGCAGGUGCUUCUAGUGAAUCAACGCACUGUGACGACGAUAGGAAAAUGUACCUGCAAGCCGCCGUUGUACGCAUCAUGAAACAGAGGAAGAUUCUUCGUCACACUGAGCUAAUUCAAGAGGUGGUUGCGCAAGCAAGAGGUUCCUUCGCCCCCUCGGUUGCGAUGAUCAAGAAGUGCAUCGAAGCCCUAAUCGACAAGCAAUACCUGGAACGUUCCCCGGGAAACCUCGACACAUACUCGUACCUUGCGUAA